GUGUAUUAAGGCCUAUGGAGAUCGAUAAAGCAAUCAAAGAAAGAGAUGACCGGAGGCUCAAGAUCAAGUACAACAACGCCAUAUAUGUUAUACGAAGAGUUCUUGCUUUGUACUCCAUUGCAGAGGUUGCCCUCAGCUUCAAUGGAGGAAAGGAUUCAACUGUUCUGUUGCAUCUACUUAGGCCUGGCUGGUUUCUGCAUAAAGGGGAACAGAGUUGUUCUAAUGGGAGUCUCAAUUACUUUCCAGUUGGGACAAUUUAUUUUGAGAGUUCUUCUGCUUUCCCUGAAAUUAAUUCAUUUACCUAUGAUACAACGAAAGUGUUUAUACUUCAAUUGGAAGCAUAUAUGACACAGUUCCAAAUGCAUUACUGUGUGUCAGAAACUCAUCCAGUAGCAAAGCAAAAUUUAAACCUGCAUAUUGGCUUUCUGAUGGAAGAUUGGAGUGAGCAGCUCAGGUUUGGCACCUUUGAGGAUCAAUUGGGACCUUUGUUGUGUAAAAUGCUACAUAGCAUUGGUUGGAAAGUAAAACAAACUGCUGUUGUCCAGAAUGAUGCGCCUAAUGAGGAAUUUGAAGAAUAUCUGAGGCAUCUUAUUGGUGAACACUGCACUGGUGAUAAAAAUGAGAUGGCUCUGUUGCCCGAAGGUGUCACUGAACUAUUACAUUACGAAGAACUGCCUAUACCUUUGAUCAAGUGUCAAAACAUUAUCAUUCUUGGUGCCUCAAAUAUCUCUGAAUUGGAAAAGGAGUGGAACGGUUUGAUUGAACUAAGAUGUGGUGGCUUGUCAUUGAUGGAACCAUAUACACCUUGAAGAUUCACACUACAUAAUUUUGGUCUCGAGUAUAUAUCAACCGGAAAAAGAGAGCACAAGAGAGUGGGACACGUGGCAAUAGCAGGUUCAACAACAAAUCAAUUCAUGCAGAGACACAUGGCGGUGCAAGAGUGGAGCAGAGGGCAUGCGUGCAGGCGCCAGGACCACCAACAGAAAGCAAGACAAUUGGUAACAAUAUAAAAAAAGAGGGAGACCGUGGAGUAGCAGCAUCUGAGAUUUCAGAAAAAGAGGAAGAUGAUUUUGGGAGAGCACUAAGCCUCUAGAAUUGCCUAGGGAAGCAGGGGAAAAUUACUUAGUUUGUUUAUUAUAGCAUUGAUAUUUUCUAAUUGAGUUGGGUGAUCUUUGAAUGUAAUGAACCUUUGUAAUUUUGGUUUAACUUUAAUGAAUGAAUUGCGGAUUAUCUUUUGCGAAUCCA